CUCACUCUAAAGCAGGCGCGCGCUAACCUAUCGCAAUGCUCAGUCCAUUCUAUAUGUCGAUGUUGUUAUUCGUUCUAUGUGAAACAAAGAUAGAAUGAUAUCCGAGAGCACUCGAAUGACGUUUCCGACGCAGCCUAUGUCAUAUUACGUCAAAUGUGUAUCUUAUCUUGGCUGUGUCACAGUUUAGUAGCUAAACUGUGGCUGUGUUUUAAAUUCAAAAUUGCUGUCGGACUCAGUUCACCCAAUAGUCAGUACUGAAAAUAUAUAAUUACGUGUAACGGAAACUACAAAUUUUCAGUACUGACAACAACGUUGAAACACAGCUAUAUAGUGUUACAGUAUCGUGUAACAUGAAUUUUUUUAAUUAUACACAUCUGCAGUGAGUAAUGAUAAUAUAAAAAUGCCAUCUUGUUGUGUGCCUGGGUGUCCAAAACGUACAAGCAAAGGCGUAAGAAUUUACAUGGCUUGUUUCCCAAAAAAUCCUGAAAGAAAAAAAGUUUGGAUUGCCAACAUAGGCAAAGUUAAUUGGAAAUCAACAAUAGGUUUAUGUGUAUGUGAGAUACAUUUUGCGAAUGAAAUGUGGGAGAAAAUACGCGUUGACGGAAAGAAGAAAUUAAAAAGUAAUGCUGUGCCCACAAUUUUUGGUGCUCAAUUAGAAAAAAAUAGUACUUUUAUUAGAACAAAUGAUAAAACUAUUGAAUCUUUUACAAGGCAACCUGCAAUUGAAACAUCUAAUGAAGACAAACUACAAGAGGACUGUUCCAUAGCAAAUGUUUUUGAUGUACCAUUGACAUCGAGUAAUGUUGCAGAUUCUUCCAUUCCUAUCUAUUCAAAAACAAUAUGUAAUGAAGAACUGAAUGAAAUUAAACAAUUAAAGAAACAAUUAGAAGAAGCUAAUAGAAAACUUGAUUUGGCCAACAAAAUUAUCUUGAAAAGUAAUAAAUCUAAAAAUACGUUAAAAAAGCAUAUUCAAAGAUUGGUACAAAUGAAAAACAAUUCAAAAAAACGAAAUUUGAAAUUAGAAUCAUCACUCAAGCAAAUAUUUAAUGAUGACCAAAUAGAAGUUCUUAUGCGUGGAUCCUCACGUGGUUACACGUGGUCUAAUGACACUUUAAAAAAAGCACUUCGAUUGAAGUUUUCUUGUGGUUGUAGUGGCUAUCAAGAGUUACUGAAGGAAAAAUGGCCUUUACCAAGCGAACGUACACUUCGAAGGAAACUGAGGUCUAUCUAUUCAAUCAUGGGAUCCGAUCAUGAUCAAACGUUUUUACACAUACUUCGUGACGAGAAAAACAUCAAUAAUUUCUUGGAUGCUUUUUUUGGAUUUUUAUAUAGGUGCACAGAUUUUUAUGUCGAAACAAACUUGGAACAAAAAUUAGGCUUUCCACCAGGAAUGGCAGAGAAACUCGUAUUAAAUACCAUGUACAAGUGGAAAAACAUUGCAUCAUCUUUACAAAAGACACCAUCUGUAAAUGAUAAUACAAACAGCAGCAGCAGUAUGUUAGAUCAAUCAGUUUCUAUGCAAAAUAAGAACUGUAGACUUACUUCACCAGUAGCGCAAGAAAUUGAAAUUGAUUCGUGUAAUGAAUCCGAAACAAAUCCAAUUAAACCAUCCUCUAUGCAAUCAUUAAAGACAGAUCAUAUAUCAGAUAGUUAUAAUGGAGCUGUAAGAGAAAAUUAUGUUUGGACCCAGACUCUUGGUGAUUUAGAUGUACUUGUAAAAAUACCAGAGCAUAUAAAAGCAUCCAAAGAUACAAUCAAAGUUGACCUAAGCUCAAAUAAGAUCAAAAUUAAGGGAAAGCCUUCCGCCUCUUCAGCAGAUUCUGAAUGGGAAACCAUUUUCAGUGGCACACUUAGUUUUAAAAUUCGCAGAGAUGAAUCUAUAUGGAGCAUUGAAGCUGGGAAACAAAUUAGUAUUCAUUUAGAAAAGGCUGUAGAAAGAUGGUGGGAAGGUUUAGUAAAUGAGGAACCAAAAAUUGACUUAAACAAGAUUGAUUGUACAAAACAUUUUGACGAUAUGGCGCCAGAAGAACAAAUGAAAGUGCAAGAAUUGAUGUGGAAUCAUCAACAGAAAAUGUUAGGCAAACCUACAUCUGAACAAAUUAAGAUGGAGGCUACUUUGAAGCAAGCAUGGAACGCGAAAGGAUCGCCUUUUCAGGGUAUGCCUUACGAUCCUUCCAUUUUAAAGUAUAAUUAAUGUAAAGAUUUUCUGAAAUUACAAUGUUUAUAUGUCAGAAAUUAACUAUAGAAUGCUACUUGUAUCUUUCUUACAUUAAUACUAUUCUGGUUGAAAACACAUUUCAGAAUUUAAAAUUUUUUAAGAAUUUUUUUGAACACUUUUACUUUAAAGGUUGCAAGGAGCUAAAAUUAUUAAACUAAUGCUAUUUUAAUGUAAAACAAUUUAUUAAAAGUUAUUUUAAGCUCAAAAUUGAAUAACAAAAUCUAUUGAAUUUAAAUUAACAUUUGAAAAUUCAUGCAUAGUAGCAUUCCAAGAUUAAAAAUCAGAUUACAUAUUUAUAUUAAAUAGCUUAUAUUAAAAUAUUUAUAUUGUAAUAAUUUUAUAAUAUGUGUAUGUAUAUACGCGUAUAUAUAAAAUAUACUGCAAUUUUUAAAUGGAA